AUGGCGGAGCUAGUGUUAUUUCUCUCUAAGACAGGAGAGUCUAUGCUGGACGCAAUGAUACAUCCCUACAUAGGACAAGCAGUGUGCAGGGACAUGCUCAGUAACAACACGUUGAUGUGCACCUCUACUCACAGCGUCUACGACGUGGAGGGACGUACCAACGCCGCCAACUACCUCAUGUACUACAGAAUCCUCGCAACUGUCCCCGCGGUGUUGGGACUUCUAUGCGGAGCAUGGAGUGACAGAAUGCUCCCCAUGGCACUUCCCGGCACAGGGAGUGUUCUAGCUGUGGUUCUGUACCUAGCUAGCCUCCAGUUUAAAGAACAGGCCCUGCCUCUCAUCCUAGCAGGAGCUGCACUCCAAGGAAUAUUCGGAAAAGGUUCCGUGGUAUCGGUUGCAGUGCAGAGUUAUGCUUCAGACACUAUUGAACCAAAUCAAAGAACCCAGAAAUUUGCUCGACUUAUAGCAAUGAAUUUUUUGGGUCAUUUCGUGGGUUCCCUCCUCUCCAGCAGCCUCCAGGACACCGUCAGCAUUUCGGUGACCCUCUGUGUCGUGUCCGUCGUCUAUUCCUUGUCCGUUUUGCUUGUCGUGUUCUGUGUUACAGAGACUCUUCCAGAACAAACAGGGAACAAGGAGGUUGAUUCUAAGUGCACAUUCCUGACCUUUUCUGGACUGACGGAAUCAUUUCUCAUCCUGUUCAAACAAAGACCAGAUAACUCUAGUUCUGUUCUUGGCAUUCUUUUCUUUUGUUCCCUAGUCAACCAAGCGCGUCGGGUGUGUACUAAAGACAUAACGGUGCUGUUUGUACGACGCAGCCCCCUCUACUGGCCACAGUCCUGGUAUGGCUAUUUAAUUGCAGUGGAAUAUGUAGUCAUGGGCGGCUGUCUCAUCCUGGUGUUACCUCUUCUGUCGAAUGUGUUCAACAUUUCAGACGUCUCUAUUUUGAUGAUAGGUAUUUUCUUCAAGCUCGUCAGGUCAGUGUGGUCCGGAUUCUGUUCCAAGACGUGGAUGGUAUUCGCUAGUGCCAUCUUAGGAUGUCCGUCAGCAGUGAUUCCAUCUGUGACAAGAGCACUCGUCAGCAAACAUGUCCCAGCGAGCGAAAUAGGCAAAAUGUUUUCCUUACUAUCGAGCGGGGAGACGGGUUCAAAAUUUCUGGGGUCGGUCGUAUUUGCCAAGCCUCACUUACAUGUUUGA